AGUUGACACAGACUGCUGGGCUUACAAUGUCGUAAGGUAUACAUGUUGAAAUGAGAGGAUGAGCCAUGGAAUCACGCAGUGCGCCGCCGAGCCCCGACGAGUCUGGGGAGGCGGUGUUCAACUCUCGUUGUCUUCAAUAUUCUCAUCAAACGCCUCUACAGAGGACAUUUGCGAGCUGCAGAGAAAACACAAGGCCCCGACCUCAUCAUCGGCAUGCAGUGUCAGAACCGGCUCGCCCGGAUGAAAGAGUUUUCACUACGGCCGAAGUACACGACUAUCCCUCAUCAGAAUCAGGCAUUGCAGCAGACUGUCCACAUGCCCAUAGUAGCAAUGCUGAUGAUAGCCCAUGUUAUGAUCGCUCAGAUUAUGAAGGUAAUUCAAGCUACAGUCUGAGACAUAACUUUAAUCACACAAGUGACUGUAAUAAGCAUCUUUCGGAAUUUCAUCGGAGUCACACUCCAGAUUAUCAUGAGCACGGCUCAGAUAGUGAUAGAGGACAUCCCCGUUGUCAAACAAGUCGUAGACCGCAUAGAAAACACAGGCGAGAAGAAGAUGAUGGUGCGCAAUCUCUCGAUGAGCGAUGUGCCCGUGAUCUUGAUGAAAUUUUACCCGCCCGACUCGCCGGUAUAAAUUUAUUACGCGAUCAACCAUCGCAAUCAUGGAACCGUAGCAAUAUUGCUGCUACUAUGGAGCGAUUUGAGCCCGUCGAUUAUUCAUACGCCUAUUAUGACCAUCAUUUAUCAAUGCCAUCGUCGUCGAGAAAAGCGAAUCGACAGCGUGGACGCGGCUUACCUAGAGAGCGAUCUGCUCGCCAUAAUUACGUAACACGGUAUGGUACAGAGGAAAAUAUUUAUGAAGAAAUUACAGAUGGUUCAAGAACAUGUCCAAAACAUAGACACGCACCAAGACAAUCUCUUAUUUCUCUUGAUAGAAGUGUUGUCGAAGAAGAAGUACGUCGAGUAGAAUCAAGACAUAAAAGAAUAUUAGGCGAGUUAAACUUAAGCGUAGAAGCUAUGCUUAUGCCUGAAUGCGAGUCACCUGACUCAGAAAGGGCUGAAGAUAGAGACAAUAUAGAGGAACUAUUGAGAGUGGGGCCUACGGAUGAACUACUAUCACCAGCAAGUUGUAAUCCUCCAGAUUUAGACAGUGGUUUUAGUGGAAGUAGCAGUGGGGCUAGUUAUGUGGGUAGCCUGCGAAGAAAACCUACAGGCUCUGUGCCUCAUUUACCUGCUGUGGCCUAUGGAACCCGCGGAGCAGGAGUUCGAAUUUUAGGCGCUGACGAUUGUCAAUUACGAUGCCCUAGAGAAAUUCCUUCACCUCGUAGCUCAAGUUGUGGUGACGCUAAGUCAACAGGUUUUUGGAAUAAGAAAGCAUGGAAAAAGAUAUCUGGUUUUUCAAGUUCUAACAGCAUUAACAAAGCCGGCCUUACUGGUCUACUCGUUAGGUACACUUUCCGGCGUAAAUCCGGAUCGCAGGGCUCUCAAGGCAAGCGAAGACCUGAGCCCGUCAAAUGCGAUGCAUGCCUCUCUCAACGAUGUUAGCCGGUCAAUGCUACUCAAACGGAAAACUGGUGGUGCCGUUGGAUUCCCUAGCGCAGAGUUGAAUACUAUUUGGAUUCAAAAACAAUAAAAGGAUAAUAAAUGUUACGGUCUGUGAGUCGCUAAAUCGAUUUUUAAAUGAGAUAAGUGCGAAUUGUAAUACAUGAUUACCUAAGCGGGCAACAAAUUGAUGUUAUCAUUGGAAUAUAAUAUUAUAAAAUUGUAAGCUUUUUAAAAUUUAAUUAUAAGUUAAUUUACUUUUCUUCCUUACUCCUAAUGGGAUAUUUCUGCAUCUUUGAUCAUUUUUGAUAACCAUUAGAAGGUCUGUAUCUAGCUACACCGUCGUAAAACUAUCUAAUCAGGCGGUUAAUUUACUUUUAAAUGUAUUUGGACAUUAGUGUAUAUUUAUAGACAUUCCAAACAAGUAGCGAAAAUAUGUCUAAUAUUGUCUUAAAGACCGUGUAAAUAUUGUAAAUAAACGUCAAGUAUACGUUAAUCAUUGCAAGUUUCAUAGAAACAGUAAUUGUGGAUAAAUCAGAAAGGCUGAACCUUUAAUUUGUUCAGUUCAUUUAACGUUGGUUUAAAGGCUCUAUAGUAUUUUCUACGAAUAUAAUCACGUUACUAUUUUCGGCUUUUUUACAUAUGUUUGGUGCUUUGCUGAUAAAUAAGCCACAUUCAGGUAACAAAUACAGUUUUUGAGAUAUAAUUUUAAUAAAAAAUCUUAAACUUGCUUUUAAAGACCAGGUCAGUGAUUGACUGUAAGAUCGGAAUACUUUUUAUAUAUCAGUGUGAAGUUAAUUUACAUAAAUUGUCAAAUAAAACGACACAUACAUCUAUAUAGACAAGGAAGACUAUUCGUGAGAAUUGCUUUUCUAACUUUACGAUCUCAAAAUUGUGUUUAUUAUUUUAACAUUUACUUUUCAUCAAAUAAGAAAUUUCGAAUACUAUAUCUGUGACAAGCAAUAAAAAUGCGUAAUUUUUACCUGAGUAAGGUUUGCACUUUUAAUAAAUCUUAUGGUCCAACAUAACCUUAAACUUAAGUAGUUUGUAUCAGAAAUUGUUUAUAGUUGUUGGAACUUGUAUAUUAUGUAAAUAGAUAUAUGGUUAUGUAAAUACAAUUGCUGCCAUUUUAAAUACUAUUGGUGUGAAGUAGAUCUGAAUAAAGUUAUUUAUUAUUUUAUAAAUCUACUCAAUACGACAAACACUUGGUAUUUUGUAUUAAGUUCUUUGUGUACACAUUAUUGGAAAGAAAUAAAGAAGAUAAUUAAAUCUUGUAUUGAAUGAAAGCACAUAAAAUAUAAAUAAUAUUUUAUAUACCAUACGAAAGUACACGUAAUUAUAAAAUAUGGAUCCUCAUACUAUAUUUGUCACCAUGGUAACACGGAAAUUUUAUUAAAUAUUAAAGUAUUGCUGGAUAUCCUGAUAAUUUAUAAAAAUCAUGGUAACGCGGUCUCCGGUCCACGUUUUAUAAUUCGGCCAAAGUGGUAUGAAUUCAGUGGAGAUAUUUUGGUUUUACAAUAGAUAUAAAUACUGUCUAUGUAAAUUAAUACACAGGACAGUAUGAAAUAAAUAAUAUUACGCUUUCAUAUAAUGCCGAACCAAUAUAGCAUUAAGAAGGCGUAGCACUAUGAAAUUAUCAAUGUGAUCAAACACUGUAAAUAUUUUAUUUAUCACGCUUUAUAUAAUAAAAUGUAAUAUAGUAUUUAUAAUUGUUCUAAUCAGCGAGUUAUUAUUUUGUACGUACUGUAAGCUCGACUGAUGUUAAAACGAAUAAUCAAUGUUACACAUUUGUCUGUAAUUUAGUGAUUGUGUUCAAGUCAAAAGAGAUUUUUAUUAAAUAUUAAAAAUCAA